AUGGAAUGGUGGUGGAAAUCAUUACCUUUACUCUUCAUACUAAUAGAAGGUGCGUUGAGUAGACAUUGGGCGGCUUGGAUGCCAACGUCCAUUUCUGCUUUUAAAGACACUUGCGUAGCCAUCCCAUGUAGCUUCAACUAUCCAGAAGACAUCCGACCAUCGAUAAUCCACGGUAUCUGGUACUUCAACAGUCCGUACCCUAAAAACUUCCCUCCCGUGGUCUUCAAAACCAAGACCAACACGGCACACGAGAUCUACAUGGGACGGACCAAAAUGAUCGGGGAUCUCCAGGAGUCCAACUGCUCCGUACAGAUUGACCGGGUCAGCAGUGAGCUGCAGGGAAAGUACUACUUCCGAGCGGACCUGGGGGGGUAUAACCAGUACACCUACUCCGAGCAUGCCAACCUCUACAUCCUAGACGAGCCCUUUGUGGUCCAGCCGCAGGAUAUCAUCUCGGGCUCCGAGACGGAGAUCACAUGCUUGGUGGACGAUAACUGCCCCGACAUGAAGCCCACGGUGACUUGGAUGGACAUCGAGGGGCUGGAGCAUCACAUGGUGUUCGCCCGCCUGGAGGAGAACAAUCUGUCUUGGAAGCAGAUUUCCACCCUGAAAUUCCUGCCCACCCACAAGAACAACGGGCAGCGGCUCAGCUGUAGAGUCACCUAUCCGGGCACAGAACUGGAGUAUAAGGGGACCGUGACCAUGGAUGUAAAAUACGCCCCGCGCAUCGUGGAUAUAAACUCUUCCACGGAAACCACAGAAGGCACGCAAAUGAUGUUUGUCUGCAUCGUUGAUAGUAACCCCAUGUCACGUGUCAUGUGGCUGAAGGACGACGUGAUCUUAAAAGAAGACUUCACAGGAAAUCUCACCCUAGAGCUGGAGUAUGUAACCUACAACCACGAUGGCGUGUACCUGUGCACUGCAGAGAACGACUAUGGGAGGAUCAACAAGUCCAUGGGGCUGGCCGUCAUGUAUGCCCCAUGGAAACCUUCAGUGAACGCUUCGCUGGUCGCAAUUGAAGGCGAGACGGUCACCAUAUUCUGCAACACCCAGGGGAACCCCGACCCCAUCCUCUCCAUUGUCAAAGAUAAGCAAAUCCUCAACUCUGCCAUCUUUGAGAACGAGCUGGUCCUGGAGAUCCCGUCGGUCACCCACGAGCAUGACGGGGAGUAUUGGUGUCUGGCCGAAAAUCAGUAUGGACACAGCAACAGCUCCUUCAACCUCACUGUUGUGUUUUCGCCGAUUGUUUUAUCCGAAUCGAAGUGCACGGUGACGAAGGACAAUGUUCAGUGCAUGUGCACAGUCAAGUCCAACCCCGACCCGUACAUCAUGUUCGAGAUCCCUGAAAAGAACUUUACAGUGAGCGAGCUGAACGCGGAGUUCGUUCAUUCCCAGAGGAACGGCUACAUGGUGAGCAGCAUCCUGACGCUGCAGAAGGAGACGGAGCUUCCGAAAGUCGUCCUGUGUUCUGCAAGCAAUCUGUACGGCAAGAAGAUCCACGAGCUCGGGUUCCAGGACUCUGACAGCUUGCUCUGGGCGAAGAUCGGUCCCGUGGGAGCCGUGGUGGUUUUCGUCAUCCUUGUGGCGGUCGGUGGCUACAUGAUUAAGACCAGAGAAAAAAAGACCAUGACAGAAAGUUCUAGUUUCAUUCAGACAGAGACUUCCCCCCGUCGUACAGCGGAGACGCAUCGAAGAAGAAGAAGAAGAAGCCGUUAGGAAAAAUCGAGGUAAUAUUCUUC